AGACCGAUGACGGCCGCGAUGAAGCGCGCUGCACCGUUGGGCGACGACGCUGACGACGACGACGACGAGCUGCGCCUCGCGUUCUUAUCGCCGAUGGCAACACCGAGCGCCCGGCCGCAGAACCCGGUCGUGAGCCUCCUCGAGGCCGCGCAGUCGCCCCGGCCCGUGCAGCUGGCGACCACGAUGCUCAAGAAGCGCAAGCACGACAUGAUCGUCAAGCCCGUGCCAAAGCGUGCGGGCCCACCGAGCCAGCAGUGGCGGCCAUCGCUGCCGCCCGAGAUCGACCAAGCGUCAUCGCCAUCAUCCUUCUGCUGCAGCUACGUCGAGACGCAGACCAAGUUCAGUCGCCUCGCGCUGGGCAGUGACCCGCCAUAA